AUGCCUCCAAAGUUUGGUAGACGUGCGGAAGAGGAGGGAAAAAGUGCUAAUGCACAUAACAACAAUACUACUAAUGGUGAUGCAACGCCUACCGGUUCUUCUGAGACAUUAAAAGUAACAAAUACAACAACAAAAGGAGCUAGCGGACGUCGACCACCUGAUGAGGUGGUACAAAAGGAUAAACUCCGAAAUCUUGAUGAUGGUGUUGAUGAGCAGUCCCGCCAACAAGCCCUUGAAAAGGCGAAGGAGGAAAAAGAACGACUAGUCAGCCGUGUGGCGGAGGUACCUGUUGGCUACAAUGUCUCCAUGCCGAAACUCUCCGAAUUAGAUAUCUCCAAUCUAUGGAAUGACUUUUUGCAGGUCAUUCACCAAGACCUUGACAUGUCCGCCUUAACGGCGUGUCUCUCGCAGCACCUGGACGACGAGGAUGUCCCGUGGAAUCCCGACAUGCUCCUCGUGCAACUCACAUCCGACAUGUUGGACGCGGCGGAGGGGGCCGGCGCGGCGGAGAUGCCGGCGGCGCCGCUGGCGGAGCGCGAGGCGGUCGGAGAGGCCCGUCGCCGGCGAAAAGUUCUCCUCGAAAGCGCCGGGGAUCCGCCGGAGGGGUCCGGGGGGGCGGGGCCCUCCCACCGCCGCCGACCAACGCAGGAGACGCCAGCGGACGAGAACAGCGGCAAGUCCCCCAAAAAGGACGGGAAGCCGGGGGGAGGGAAAAACGCAUGGGGAGGGCAGGAGUCCAAGACGGCUACACGGUUAACGAGAUCUACAGUGUCAACACCCGCAAAGCCACCAGCCGCAAAACCGGCGGAGAAUGCAAAGGCACCAGCCGCAAAACAGGCAGAGAAUGCAAAGGCCCCAGGCGCAAAACAGGCAGAGAAUGCAAAGCCACCAGCGAGCAGCGGAACACCUGCUACCAGUGAAAGCAGGAAACAUUCUUCCUCUUCAAAACCCUUGACACCAAAGAAGAAUGAAAAGACGAAGGAAACGGGGAAGAAGUGA